ACCAUUCGUUAUACAGGCCCUGAAAUUUAUGACAAAUCACUAAAACUCGAUAUACCUACUGACACAUUAACACAACUUCAAUUGAGCUAUUAUAUUUUUCACGCUAAGUAUGUCACAAUAAAAUUGACAAGAUGGUCCAUUUACUUGUGCUAUCUUUGCUAUGUUGAACAAUGGAAAAAAAUUCAAGUUACCCCCAUAAAAAUUUUCUUCAUGCUUCCAUGUUGUCCCUCAAUAUGUAAAAUUUUUUUCUUAUUUUUCCUAACUGCCAAAGAUAUUUAAGUAGUUAUGUAGUUAUGGUGAAUGGAUCAAACUGUACAUAUCGACUCUACUGGCAGACUAUCAAUUUACAUUUAUAAGAAAACAAAACUUUAAAGGAUCUGCGAUCAGCAUUUGCAGGUAUUGUAAUUAUCUCACCAAAUAUAUGAAUCAUUGAAAAUAUAUAUUAUGUAUUAGAUCUUGUAUCAUUGCUGUUGAAACACAUUAUAUUAACAUUGGACUACUUGCUGUUCGUAUAUAUCUAGCCAAGAUUUAUCUCUAAGACCUGAUGUCAUUGCAUUUAGUUUUUCACCAUGUAUCAUUUGCUUCGCUCACUUUUUAUUCUAGUUUUAAACAAUGGCGUUAUAUAGAUUAUUGAAUAAAUAUAAUUUCAUUCAGUCAAUCAUGUUUUUAUACAUUUAUUAAUUAUGAGCUAUUAUAUAUCCGGAGCAGCAUCCAACGCAUUUGUAUCCCAUUCUUCCUCGUCGCUUUUUUCUAUAUUUUUUUAAAAACUGUUUAUCGUGAUAUAUAUAAUCUAAAAUUACACUCACUUGACGGAUAUGUAGAUCGAUUACGAAGAGUUGAGCAAAAUAUCGACAGGCAAGACACUGCGGGCUAAACUUUUGUAAAGAAAUGCCAAAACUGAACAAACAACAGCGAUAUUACGCUUGUAUUGUAAUCCCGAAAUAAUUGUUAUGAUUGCGUUAAGAAAUGCUUCUUGGCCGGCAUUCAACGUGAAACGAUGGCGUUAUGCCAUUGCUGUAUCGGCUGCAUUCUAACCGCAUCAUCUGCAUAUAUCUUCUUCUUCCGCCCAAUGGAUUUCUGUCCCAAUUGGGACACAGUACCACGGUUUAAUGAAUUUGGAGGGCAACAGUCACGGAGUAAUGUCCAAGUACAGGAAUUUGAGGCCCGCUGGCAUGUCUGACGAUGACGAUGAAGACGAAGAUGACGAUGUUUUCUUCCCUGUCGAGGAGAAAACGUCUAAUGUCAAAGAACAUCAUUAUGCACCAAAAAAGACAAAGGUGGAGAAAGUCGUCGAUUUUGGUGAGAUGCACAAUGAGCAACGUAUCUAUGAAGAUCGCCUUGUGAGGGCUUGUACAAUGGAACAAUUGGAAGUGAUACGAGAAUAUGUCGAAAAAAACGAUGUCAAUAAGUUCCUGUAUACUGGAUGGACUUUGUUAUUAUAUGCCGCUUCAUUGGUACAACCAGAAAUAAUUAAAUAUCUCUUGACACAUGGUGCAAACCCAAAUAAGCAUAAAGAUGGAUUUACACCUCUCAUGGCACUGUGUAAUUCCACAAAGGAAACACCUAAAAAAUCUUUGAAGUGCCUUAAGCUUUUAUUAGAAGCAAAAGCUGAUGCAAACAUUACAAAUAAACGGAGGGAAACAGCUCUAAUGUACGCCUGUAUGUCGCAAAAUGUGGAAUUUAUCAUGGAGCUUAUAAAAUACAUACAAAACCUGGAUGCCUGUGAUAGUGAUGGAAAAACUGCAUUGAGCUAUGCUGCUGCAGCUAAUAAACUUGAUAUUGUCAAAAUUCUUUUGGCACAUAACGUAAAUACUUCAUUGACAGACAUGUAUGGUUCAUCUGCCAAGGAUAUUGCAGAUACGAAAGGAUUUACAGAGAUAUCUGUUCUGUUGAAUAAAGAUGAUGAAGUGGUAACUUUUUGCGAGAUAUCAGAGAUAAUGGCUUGGAAAGAUUUAUUUCCAAAUUUGUAUCCUAGAAAACAAGAAACUUUAGAUUAUGAUAUAUCGGUGAUGUUAUAUGGAAUGGGUUUGGAAAAAUAUGACAAAUUAUUUCAAGGAAUGGAUAUUAAAACUUUUUUACAGUUGACAGAAGAUGAUCUUUGUCGUCUGGGAAUUGACAUUACUGUUCAUAGACAUCAAUUUCUAGAAAAUCUUGACAAAUUUCAUAGCAAGAAAUGGCGUAUAAACACUUUUGGCAAUAUUAAGAAAACUGAUUCGUAUACAAUUUACGAUGGCGUAAUAUCACUAACAAAUGCAAAAAAACAGAUUGAUGUGAUAACUUCCAGUUUUCAAUAUAUCAAAAAUAAUUUGCUAAAAGCUACCAACAAAAAUAUUGAUUUACCUUCUGCGAAAAGAAUGAAAUAUGAAGAAGAACUGAUAAAAACACAAAAAACAUUGAAACUCCUAAAGAAUGAAAUAGUACAAGCUAAGAAACUAGCCCAAGAGAUCGAUAAGGAAAAUAACAUUGGUGUACCGGCAACUUGGAUUAAUCCUAAGAAUAAAGCUGGUUGGACUAUAACAAUAAGCAUUACAUUAAUGAUAGGACUGUACUUGUGCAAAAAAAUGUAUAUUCAAAGACUAUGGAAUAUGUGUAACUUUAGGGUAUCUUCAGCGCUUCGUUUUUAAACAAAUUUUACAUAAUGAAUAUUUUUUUCAAAAAAAAUUUGAAUUCAGAUAUUACAUUGUUUCAUAGUGCAAAUAAGCUCGUAAUAUAUACAUACAUAUAAUCAUUAUAUAUAAUUACAACUUAAAAUUCAGUUCUUAUAGUUUAUAUACAUUUGAAAAAAUACGUUUAUCAGGAAAUAUAUACUUUUUUAUAAUA